UCCACUAUUCUCCAUUUAUAUACAUCUCAACUUUUUUCCAUUGAAAUAAUCCUUCACGCGCAACACAGCAGCGCAGCAUCACAGAUUUGUAAAAUUUCAUUUCCUCUGUUUUCAUAGCAAAUGAUACAUGUGCAAAUACUGUUCAUAGAACAGUAAAAUUGUGCCUGCUCUUUUUUUUUCUUUUGUAUUUUCUCGAAUUAUUCAAUAUUUGGAUUGAUGAUGACGGAGAAAAUCGAUCGAAAGGGUAACGAGAACGGAGAGUUGAAGAAGAAGCGGAAGCGGCAGAAAAUAGGAAUGUCAAGGGUUCAGAAACUCUAUCGAACUUGCAAACAAGUUUUCACUAAUUGCAAACCUGGCGUUGUGCCGUCACCGGAAAAUGUUGAACUUGUCAAGUCAGUUUUGGAUAAGAUGACUGAAGCAGAUGUUGGCUUAAGACCCAAUAUGCCAUAUUUCAAGUCAACUGUAUCAGAUAAACCUCCUAAAAUAACAUACUUGCAUCUCCAUGAAUGUGACAAAUUCUCGAUUGGUAUCUUUUGCUUACCACCAAAAGCAGUCAUUCCUCUUCAUAACCAUCCUGGAAUGACAGUUUUCAGCAAGCUUCUCUUUGGGAAAAUGCACAUAAAAUCUUAUGAUUGGGCGGACAAUCUCCUUCCGAAAUCAACUACACCAGGGGAUUGUACAGGUCUGCGUCUUGCAAAAUUGAAGGUGAAUUCCAAGUUUAAAGCUCCUUGCAAAACUUCAAUCCUCUAUCCUGCUGACGGAGGUAAUAUGCACUGCUUCACAGCAAAGACAGCUUGCGCCGUACUAGAUGUUCUCGGCCCACCUUAUUGUGAUCCUGACGGUCGCCACUGCCAAUACUACUAUGACUUCCCCUUUGCCAACAUGUCAGUGAAUGACUUUUUAGUACCUGAAGAAGAGCAAAGUGAGUAUGCAUGGCUCAAAGAGAGGGAGAAACCUGAGGACUUGACUGUAGCUGGAGCACUGUAUAGUGGACCAAAUUUAGUGUAGUAAACUCAGCUUGUGUUGAAGAAGAAGAAGAAUGAGGAUUUUCAUUUUUUCUGCUCAACUUUUUACACUUUCCACUGAUGAAUGAAUAGUCAAAAGGGAUAAAAGUUAGGAGGAAGAGGUUUUCUUUUUGCGUGAAGAGCUCAUGUAUAUAUUCAGACAGAUCGGAACAGGCAAGGAAGAAGGAACUGAGAAUGUAUGUGUUCUCAAAAUUGUAUGUAUAAACUAAUGUUUUGAGAAGACUCAUAAGAAAGAGAGUCCUUUACGAUCUUUUGUUAGUACCUACUUAUGGUAGGUUCCUAUGAUCCAAUACGUACACUUGGUUUUUCGAAUAUGCACGGUUUAUUGUACUAGAUAAUGCAGCUUGCAUAAUCAUUUAUGGGGUUUGUACAAGGGUCGGAUUACGUUAGGUCUAUCGUAUUUGCGUUUGCAUUUUUGCGUGAGCUAUUUUUACAGCUUGAACAUAUGGUGACAACUCUUGUGGUUG